CUCGCUGACGAGAGCUUAACGAACCGAGUUACCUCUCACACACAACCCCAUCAUCAGCACCGCCCAGCUGCGGCCGCCGAGAUGGACGCAGCGGCAGCACAUGCCGCCGGGGCGCCGGCAGGGGAGCAGCAGGCGGCUGCUCCCCGGGCGGAAAGGCUCAACCAGGGGGUGCACCACCAGCUCAACCUGGAAGGCAUGCGGGCGCGCGCGGUGGGGCUCUACAAGGCCAUCUCCCGCAUCAUCGACGACUUCAACAACAUCGCCCGCACCACCCCCGGCGGUUCCCCUAAGUGGCAGGACGUGCUCGGGCAGUUCUCCAUGGUGAGCAUGGAGCUCUUCAACAUCGUGGAGGACAUCAAGAAGGUGAACAAGGGAUUCGUGGUCUACCCCAGAAACGUCAACGCUGAGAACGCUUUAAUACUGCCUGUAAUGCUGUCGUCGAAGCUCUUGCCUGAGAUGGAAAUUGAGGAAACUACAAAGAGGGAACAAUUGUUGUCUGGAAUAACGAAUCUACCUGUGCCUUCACAAAUGGAAAAAUUAAAGGCUAGGAUAGAUAUGAUUGCAAGUGCGUGUGAAACUGCUGAGAGAGUAAUUGCAGAAUGCCGUAAGACUUAUGGUCUAGGAACCCGUCAGGGGGCAAAUCUUGGUCCUACAUUGGACAAGGCACAGGCUGCAAAGAUACAGGAGCAGGAAGGCCUGCUUAGAGCAGCAGUAAAUUAUGGUGAAGGAUUGCGGGUACCGGGAGACCAAAGGCAGCCACAUUCUUCUCUUCCUAGCCAUUUAAUGGAAGUGCUUCCUUCUGGAGACGGGGCUCAUAAUUUUGGUGAUAAUUCUGGUGUCUAUCCCAAAAAUACAUCAACAUUUACACCUAAUGGUGUCAACACCCAGGGAAAUGCAAUGCAGGCAUCUGGAGGACUUGGCAGAUCUGCUCCAUCACCUGGAACUGCAGGAACUCCUAACUUUGAAAAUGUAUCCACUCCACCAAUGCCGUAUGCGAACUCCCCAAGGUCAGGCACCAAUAUGAUGAAUACCCCUUCGCCCCAGCAACAUCUGACACCGCAGCAGCAGAGGCAAAAGCUGAUGCAAGCAUCUCAGCAACAACAGCUGCAUGCUCAACAGCAGCAGCAGCAGCAGCUGAGGCCCUCAGCUGCUUCGUUGCUAGCACAGAACACAGUUUCCCAGUUACAAGAUUUACAAGGGCAGUCGCAACAAAAACUACAGGUCCCUGGCCAACAGCAGAUGCAAUACAGCCAAGCACAAGCCUUGUCGCAGUUUCAGAAUAGGCAGAUGCAGGCUGCACGCAUGCAACCAGGCAUGUCACAGAGCCAGUUGAACCAAGGAAAUCAGCUGAGAAGUCAUCUGGGCCAGUUCACUGGAGCUGCAAACAGCGCAAUGUUCACUGCUGCACAGGCAUCUUCAAACUCGCAAAUGAUGGCAAACAUACCUGGGACAAUGCAAUCACUGCAAUCACAGUCAAUCUUGCCGCAAAUGCAGUUUGGUUUGACUGGCGGGCAUCCUCAGAGGAGUCAUCCGACCCAAAUGAUGAAUGACCAAAUGUUUGGUAUGGGAUCCACAAAUACUAGCAGCAUGAUGGGAAUGCAGCAGCAGCAACAGCAACAACAGCAGCAAGGGGUGUAUGGAAACAUGCAAGGAGGUGGUCAGAACUUGCAACAGCAGGGCAUGGUGGGUCUUCAGAAUCAGCAGAAUCAGUUGCAGAAUCAGAUGCAGAAUCCCAACUUCCCCCAGCAGAGACAGCAAAAUCAACAAUGAUUCAAACUAAUUAACAACAUCUUCCUAUAGCGAGCAACAAAUCCUUCUGUCAAAAGAUACAGGGGCAUUGUCGAGACAGUUUUUUCUGCUGGAUAAUCUUUGCUCCUGAGGACAGAUCACUGCGUUUCCUCAUGUACUGUUUACAGCACGAGCUGCUACGGAUGAUUCUCCAUUUAGCUUUGCUUGCCUCUAUAGCAGCCUGCUCACGCUGGGUGAAGUCUGAAGUUAGGGAGUGUGUUAAACCAUGAUAUUGUUGUAAAUCGAUGUAGAUGUAUCAAUGUUCGUGUCCUGCAUGCAUUCACCGGUCUUAAAUACGUGAAGUCAGAGAUCUCGCUUGCAGUGGCU